GGGGGGGGGGGGGGGGGUGAACAGCGACGGGUCAGACCCCGUGGAGAGAGUUCGCGGAGACGUCGGUCGCUGGACGCGGGCGUUCUGCGCGCGACGUGUAAUUGGCUCGCGGACAAAGGCCGAGCGCACCCGGAGGAAUCGGGUGGAGUCACAUGGGUGCUACUGUAAAAGAAAAUGGGACUUUCAUUGUUUUGGUUGUUGAACUCGGCGGCGGUAUUCCUUCAUGUCUUUUUGCAUCUCGCCAAUGGGUUUGCAGGCGGCACCCCUGACUGCUCCAGCACCAAGGCUUGCCUGCCGCACCAGAUGUGCGUCCAUGGAUACUGCCACUGCGAGGCGGGCUUCGUGGAGCUCAACUACACCUGCUUCAAGGUUCGUGGCCAUGGCGAGGACUGCUACUUCGACGAGCAGUGUCCGGACCACAGGAUGUCCUGCAGGAAGGACGAGAACUCGAGUCUCAGCGUGAAGUACUGUCUCUGCAACAAGUAUCACCCAUGGAACGAAGAAGCUAAAGAAUGCAUCCAGGCUGCAAAUAUCAAAAUAAUGAUUCUGUCCCUUUUGGAGAAAUUUGAUACGGGCAAGGUACUCAGAGACGAAGCAGAUAGGGUAUUCUCCUUCACAAGAAUUUCAGCAUUCUUGGUCUUAAUACUAGGGUCUCUGCUGGCGACAGGCUGUAUUGCAUAUGGCUGUUUUUCGUGCGCAUGUUGCUCAAGAAAUAAGGGUAACAAGAAAUUGACGGACAUGAGCAAAAAAAGCCAAAAAUCUUGGGACGCCGUCGCGUGUUCUAUGGCCGUUAACGAAGUCGUCAUGGAUUUCUGAUUAUGAAAGAUACGAUGAAACACACGCCUGUUCCUAGAGAGAGUAAAGAUGUUUUAAAAUAUGUAAACAAUUAUUUUUAUAAUUCAUGUACAUUAAUGAACAGUGCUGGACAGUUGUUUUUUUUUCUAAACUGUGGUCGUGAAAGUAAAUAAAAUAUAUCAUUGUG